AUGGGGUCGGGGGCUGCUUUGGAAGCGAAUUUCGACAGGCUGGAGCAAUGGCUUCCGAAGCUUGCUGACGCGAAAUCGGUGCUGCUUCAGCGGAAGGCGGUGGAGGGCCGUGUGGCGUUCGUCACGACGCGCGAUGUGCGAGCUGGGGAGGUAGUGCUGCAGAUACCAGGAGACGUGGCCGUCACUGCAGCAGACGCUGCCGGCAACGAAGACAUUGGGGAGCUAACAACAGGGCGCAGUCCACUCGUCUGCAUGGCAUUAUGGCUGAUGGCAGAACAAUCCCGUGAUGCUUCUUCAAGCUGGUAUCCGCUGCUGCAAACUUUGCCAGAAUCCACGCUAAGCCCCCUUCUGUGGAGUGAAAACGAGCUGAAGUGGCUGUCUGAGUCUGAGGUCCUGCAGCAAACUAAGUCAAGAGUAGCAGCUCUGAGGCAAGAAUGGGAGGCAUUGAGUGAAGUAAUCAGCAGAAACCCCAAAAGAUUUCCCCCAGACAUCUUUGGAGAGCAGGAAUUUCGAAAGGCAUUCUCUGUUGUCUUGGCUUGCUCGACCUACUUGCCAUCUGCACAAUGCUUUGCCCUGCUUCCAGUUGUGAGUGCUCUGGCACGCACUGGACAUGAGAGUGGCUGCACUGUGGACUACAACGCCGAUUUGGAUGCAGUGGUAGUCACAGCCUCCAAAUCCUACAGGGGUGGUGAGGAAGUCUCCUUGUACUACGACCAACCAAACGGAGAGCGUCUGCUCGCUCUCGGAUCUCUAGAAGAGCAGAACCCAUCCGACUUUUUGAGCAUAGACGUGGAGCUGGUGCCAUCUGACGGACUAUUCAGGGCAAAGAAACAGAUUUUGGAGGGCCUGGGCCUGCAAGCCAAGCAGUCAUUCCCAAUCUACGAGGACAAGAUGCCUGCCCAGCUGUUGUCGUACUUGAGGCUGUCGAGGGUACAAGAUGCAGCACAGCUAGCAAAGGUGAGAUUCGACGAAGAUGCUGCUGUGAGCCAGAUGAAUGAGUACGAAGUUCUGCAGUUGCUUAUGGGCGAAUGUCGUACCCGACUGGCGGCAUACGACACCACUAUUGAGGAAGACGUGAAGGCCCUGCAAAAGAGCGAUAUGGAUCCCAAACAGCGCCUCGCUACUCAACUCAUUCUGGGGGAAAAAAACGUGUGGCAGGGCACCAUGACGGCUGUCAGGAGUCGUUUGGCACCGAUUCGUGGGAUUCCCACAAAGAACGGCUUGUCAGACCCAAAUGAAGACAUUCUUGAAUUGUUCUCCACCAUAGAGAGUCUUCCAAAUAAGCCCAAACAGAUGUUGGACGGAUUUGUGAGCUGGGCCAAAGGCGAACAAGGGUCCAAGAAGUAG